AUGGAGGACAGGACAAGGCCUUCAGAGCCAGAAAAAGGGGUGAUCCCCACGGACAGAGAAAGCCCAGCCAUGGGCAUGCUCAAAGACAUUGCUAUCAGGUGGUUUAUGGAGACACAGGCACCCCUCAUAUUACAAAAUGGCACUUUACCCGAGUGGUUCCAUGGAUUCAUUACAAGAAAGCAAGCUGAAGAACUGCUUACAGACAAACCCGUUGGCUGCUUUCUCAUCAGGCUGAGCAACAAGGCCAUGGGUUACAUCCUUUCCUACAGGGGGUACGACCGUUGCCGCCACUUUGUGAUCAGUCAGCUUCAGAACCGGAGGUACGUCAUCUCUGGAGACAUCUGCAACCACCCCACGCUCACCGCCCUCAUCAGCUACUACCAGGGAGUGACAAUAGAGCCCUUUGGGGAGAGCCUCACCACCGCCUGCCCUCGGCCCGAGGAGACCAGCUUGUACGACGCCAUCUCUCUGAACCUCCUGCUGGUCCCCCCAUCCAAGGCAACUGGUCCCUCCAAGGAGAAGCAAGAAUUGGAGGACUCAGAACACCCGAGAUCUGCUGAAGACAGCCCCUCUCCAAAGCCCAAGACUUCCUUUGUCCACUCCAAAAAAUCCCUGGAAGAACGUCCUUGGAAGCUGUCAGAAGAGGACAAUGACCUCACAGUAAAAGUGUUUCCUCUGCCUGAGAAAAGUUCCUCCCUUCUGAUGGAGUCCUUCAGUAGCAGGUACUCGGGAAACGUCAUAUAUGCAGAGCUGAAGAAGAUGAAUCACCACCAGCAGAGCCUGAGCAUGGAGGCCUCAGACAUUCCACAUCAGAGCCCUUCCCCUGGCCAAGAGCGCCAGAGACGGCCUGGCAAUCUAAGUGCAGAAGUAUUGGCUCUGAAACCCAGGGACGCCCCCCUCCUCACUGCUCCAAGUGCCACCAAGCUUCUGGGGGUAAACUUGUAUCCCAUCAAGAAAUCUCCCACUGUCCCCCGUCGCCCCGUGUGGGAGCACAGCUCCCCUGUGCCCAUCUCCACUUCCCCUGGGGAUAAGGCAAGCACCCCACAUCAUCAGGCUUCUCUCAAGGCCUGGUGCUCCCCUGAAUCCAGAGGAAGCAGCCAGGGACUCACCAGCCACACUGUUCCUCAGUCCUCCAGAGGCUUGGGGCCCAAUAAGCGCAGAGACUCCAGCCCUCCAGGCACCCAUGAACUCAUGCCAAAGGCGAACAGCUCCUACUCUCUGGAAGAUCAGGCCCAGGCCUCAGGAAGCCAUGACUACGAGCCUGUCCCUCCUAGGUUGCCCAAGUCAGCCUUUCUCCCACUCAAAUCCACCUAUAAUCAGCUGGAGGGCUGUGGAGGCUGGAUGGAUAAUGCUUAUGAGAAGGUUCCAGGAAGCCAGGCAGUGCCCAUACCUUCCUCGCCAAGUAACCCCUACGAGCAGAUCCCCAUCUUGAAGGUCCGGGAGACCAAACAGUCACACUCACACAAGGAUGAAAAACACCGAAGGUUCUUCUUCAUGGACCGGAAGAAUAAACAGUGACACCAGGGCCUGCUGGCUGCUU